AUGCGUCCCGCCGGCCUCGAGAUCCACCUGCCCCACAACAACUUCAAGCACUACCGCACGUCAUCGUCGGGCGCUUCUUCUGCUGCUUCCUCGUCGGCCUCCCCAACCCCCUCGACGAUGAGCACGUCGCCCACCUACCCCAUCACCUUCACGCGCGACGACCUGCCCGCGCGCUCGGACGAGACCUUCCCCGCAUACGCAUGCUACGAGCACACGCUCGCAAGCUACCACAACACCAAGCUGCGCCAGCUGCUCGACGACGCCGAGCAGCUGCGCACCGCGUCGCCCACGCCGCCGACGACCCCUUCGUCGCUCCUCCCCGCGUUCACCAGCGACCUGCCCUCACCCGUCCUCGUCGGCGGCGUGCUCCGCCUCGCGCCUGAACGCUCCCACAACGCGUCGACCGACACGCUUGUCGAGGAGGACGUGCAGCGCCGCGUCGCGGUCAAGAUCCGCCCCGCGCGCACCCACUCUGCCAGCGACGAGCUCGCGCUCCACACGGCCGUGACGCACGCUGAAGAACGGCCAGGCUUCAGCUCGUGGCUCUCGGGCCUGUUCGUCUCGCGCGGCCGCAGCACCAAGCGCUCCGGAUCAAGCCGCCGUCGUUGA